UUAGUGUGUAUAAAGGCUACUCCAUGCCAAAGGACACAGAGGAAUAUCUUCUAUCUUGUGGGCUUAAACAUGCACUUUAUUCUAUCAGAGCUGCAGAUCUGACCGAAGGUCUCUUUGGGACUCUAGUACCAUGCCCUUUUCAGCAGCCAUCUUCUUCCAAAGGUGGAGCGUCUGAGCAUAUGCCAAAGAAGAGGUCACAGGAAGCAAUGUGGUCAGAAUAUACGGAUGCUGUUGGAUCAGCAGUUAUUUCAAAUGAUUCCCUAAGAAAGCAUAUCAAGUUAGAUCUUCCUAAGGGUGACCAAGCUCUAUCAUCUGGUCAGCGAUCUUGCACUCUUGAAUUUGAUGGUUCUUCGAAAGGUAAUCCGGGACAAGCUGGUGCGGGAGCUGUGGUACGAGCUGAUGAUGGAAGUUUGAUUUGUAGGCUGCGUGAAGGUUUAGGAAUAGCAACAACCAGUGUUGCUGAAUAUCGAGGCUUUAUCUUGGGUUUGAAAUAUGCACAUAGCAAAGGGUUUACAAGUAUUCGUGCUCAGGGUGACUCCAAACUUGUUUGUAUGCAGAUCCAGGGUCUGUGGAAGGUUAAAAAUCAAAACAUCUCUACGCUUUUUCAGCAGGCAAAACAACUGAAGGAUAGGUUUCUUUCUUUCCGCAUCAUUCAUGUUCUUCGGGAAUCAAACUGUGAUGCAGAUCAGCAGGCGAACUUGGCUGUUGGACUUCCUGACGGUCAUAUUCAGGAGGAGAUAGAGAAAUGACAAUGGGGCAGUCGAAGAUGACUCAAAGGUGGUUCUGAUGAGGAUCUUUACGUGCUAACCACUGAGGUCUAGUGCUUGGCAGCAUUCUGAUUAUUUAAGGUCAUAAUUUCCUAUUUUGCCAGUACUACGUCUAACCUUAAAAUGGGUUGCACGGUUAAGCAGGGGAUUAUGAUAGCAGUUAGGAAUUAUGUAAAUUUUUGCUGGAUGUGGCUCAAAACAGGCACCAACAGCAAAUGUUACUAUCUGCUUUGAGUUCUAGCCGAUGAGCACAAGAUGUUUGCCUGAAACUCAAAGACCACCGAGGGAAAUGAUUGAUACGAAUCAUAUCGAGUCUCUUGUCCUUUCUGUAGCAGAACACUGGGCAUACUACCCCUUCAUUCCUCACUUAUGCAUUGCUAUGACACGAUGAUUAAUUUAAGUUUGUAUUAGUAUCGCAAUAUGCCUGUGACAAAAAAAUUCGUGCAUGUGAAAAUCAAGUCAGGAAAAACCGUGUAACAAAUUGGACAAUGAAUGUCGCAAGCUGUAGAAUUUGUCUCAGGUUGAGAAGGUAUCUAUCGGUUCGUCUCUAUUAA